AUGACGCCGCCGCCCCUCUCCGAGAGCUCCCCCCCCACGGAGCGCGUCCGCCGCGGACCCGACGGCGUCGAGCACACCUUCACCAUCAGCUACAUCCCCGACCCGGACUACGCCGUCCUCGACGUCGUCUCCGCCACCGCCCACCGCCUCCCCGACCACGACAUCUUCAACGCCGGAUGCCUCGGCGUCAUCGCCGCGCCCGGCGCAAAAGCCUCCGGCUUCAUGGUCGUCGAGUUUCAGUUCAUCGUCGGCGGCACCGGGGCCUCGCUCCACUGCUUCUCGUCCCAGACCGGCGCCUGGGUCGAGAAGGACGUCCGCAACCCACUCCCGCGCUGGAUCUGGAACUUCAACAACGUCGUCUCCCACAACGGCAAGCUCUGGUGGGUCGACACCGCCGCCGGACUACUCGCCUGCGACCCCUUCGCCGACAACCCGGACAUGGCCUACGUCCCGCUCCCGGAGAACGACGACGACAACCGUGAUGAUGGCGCUAGAGGCUGCGCCUGCUACUACUGCUCCGAGAGACAGAUCGCCACCCGCCGCCGCGUCCAGCUCAGCAACGCCACCUUCCGCUGCGUCCAAAUCACCUCUGCGCGCAAGACCAAGGACCACGCCCACGACACCGCACCCGCCACGGUCACCAUGCGCACGCUUGCCGAUCCGGAGACGGCCCACUGGACGCUCGACUACAAGGUGCCCUUCGCCGACAUCUGGGCCGACCACACCUACAAGGCGGCGGGACUGCCGGAGAAGGAACCCGUGCUCGCCUUCAUCCACCCCAACAACCCCGACGUCCUCUACUUCUCCCUCGACGACUACCUCUUCGCCGUCGACAUGCGUGCCAAGAAGCUGAUCGAGUGCGAGGCCCACGAAUCCGGCGUCUCUUCGUCCUCACUUCUCGCCUGGGAGCUGCCGCCCGCGCUCACCGCACCCGCCGCUGGUGUUCCUGAGAACGGAUCAAAUGAUGAGUCUGCAACAGCAGCGUCAGCAUGAAGAGAGGGUUGGUGAUAGUGGUUUAUUAGUUUCCUUUUGGCAGGCAAUGUAGUCAUUACUACCUGGGGGGCGCAUUAUGGCCUGACAUGGCGUUUCAUGAGCAGCGUGCAUGGUGUUGCGUAGGUUAUGAUGGAUUGUUACCGUCACGACUCAGGAUGGAUGGACGUGUGUUUGCUAGUUAAAAUUGUAUCCAUGGUUCGUUUGGAUGUGAGUGCUGUAUGCGUUGCCAAACUGGAACAGACAUUUCGGUUGCC